AUGCCCCAAAUCAGUUCAUCAAACCUGUUUGAGGGAAUAUUCAGCCUCUUUGUGGGAAAUCUGCCAUUCGACUGCUCCCAUGAUGACAUUGGGAAUAUCUUCUUCAAAUAUGGGAAGGUCCUGGAUGUAUACAUCCUGCUCUUCCCUAACUCAUCUCUUCCCAGGGGUUACGCAUUUGUCCGAUUCUGGUAUGAAGAUGAGGGUCGGGCGGCCAUGGGAGUUUUACAUGGUAAGAAAAUAGACGGAAGAGAGGUGGUGGUCAAAAAGGCCAGACUGAGGGCAGGCUACUCAAGGAAGGUUGCAACAUUUGCUCUGACAAGUCAAACAGAGGCACCCAAACAGGGAUACUCACAUGCAGCAGUGGUUAGGAAGGAUAUCCCAAGCCCUCCCUCUUACUUUCCAAAAGGAAGAUGUGAUUAUGGUUGCUGA